AUGGCAGACUUUAAACCACGAUACACGCCAGGUGAAGUUAAGGAAGAAGAAAUUGUUCGAAUUCCUGACAUGAAAGGAAAUGUCAAGGAAGUGAUGGAAGUUGAGGGGAUGAUUGUCCCUGUACAAGCGAUCAAAAGUGGACAUAUCCCAGAUAUGAGGGAGAACGUUAAAAAGAUUCGCGACAUGAAAUGUCGAGAUGACGAUAUUUUUCUUUGUGCCUACAUGAGAUCAGGUACUCAUUGGGUCUGGGAAAUCACAAACAUGUUGACAACUGGAAAGCUUGAAUAUCUAACACGUCCAAAGGAGACAGCCAUGAUGGAAUUCAAUUACCCGGAAGAUUUUGAUAAAAUUCCAUCACGGAGAACACUGAAUACACAUCUGCCACUUCGUCUACUGCCAAAAGAGGUUAAAGAGAAAAAGCUUAAGGUCAUUUUCGUCCAACGAAACCCGAAGGAUGUGGUUGUUUCAUCAUAUUACUUUCUGCAGAAAUCAAAAAUGAUGCCUUUUCAAGGAACAUUUGAAGAAUUUCUGAUGGUAUUUUCAACUUUAGGGGUGAUGGUAAACUGGUUUGAUUAUACACUGGAGGCAGAGGAAGCUCUAAAAGAUAAGGAAAUAGAUAUGCAUCUUAUCUACUAUGAAGAAUUGAAAAAGAAUCCUGUGCCUGCUAUAAAAAGUCUCUCGGAAUUCCUCGGCACCGAUUGUGAUGAUGAGUAUAUAGCAAAAGUAGCGGAAAUGUGUAGUUUCAAAGGAAUGAAAAAGGCGAAUGAAGACGUUAAAGAUAUUGGCGACUUCAAGUUUGAGAAGGCCCUCAUGCAGGGACAUUAUAGGAAAGGUGAGAUUGGUGACUGGAAGAACAUGAUGACAGUGGCACAAAGUGAACAAUUUGACGAAGUUUUCUCCGAUAGAAUGAAGAACAGUUCUUUCAAGUUCGCCUUUUCGAAGUAA